CCAAACUUUCCCUCCCUCUCUCCAGUCCAUCACUGAGGCUUUCGAGGUGACACACAGCCUUGGCGACACAGGCGCGAGACGAGAUCACUCCGAGACGCGGGAUAUUUUGCCUGCAGUUUCCAACACACAACAAAACCGAACAUGAAACCUGAGUUAUUUGCUGUAGACUUAAUACUGCUUUGCUUAUCUUGCGGAGCAAGUGCAUUGGCAACGACUUUCCCUGCGGUCUCCACGUUCUUGCCAGCCGCCAAUUUCACCAAUGCUGGCGCGGCGCGCAGCCAUGGGACCGAUGUCACGACGAUAUCCAAAACCAGGAGGAAGCGUUAUAUUAGUCAGAACGACAUGCUGGCCAUUCUUGACUACCACAACAAAGUAAGAGGGAAGGUGUUUCCCCCAGCAUCCAACAUGGAAUACAUGGUGUGGGACGACACCCUGGCGAAGAGAGCCGAGGACUGGGCUCAUGCCUGCCAGUGGGAGCACGGGCCACCUCACCUCCUCAGGUUCCUGGGUCAAAACCUCUCCGUCAGGACAGGACGCUAUCGAUCCAUUCUCCAGCUGGUGAAGCCGUGGUACGAUGAGGUCAAAGAUUAUUCUUUUCCAUACCCCCGUGACUGCAACCCUCGAUGCCCUCUUCGAUGCUUCGGGCCCAUGUGUACCCAUUACACACAGAUGGUUUGGGCAACAUCCAACAAGGUUGGCUGUGCUGUUCACACGUGCCACAACAUGAAUGUAUGGGGUUCAGUGUGGAAACGGUCAACGUAUUUAGUUUGCAACUACUCACCCAAGGGUAACUGGAUCGGAGAGGCUCCCUACAAAGUAGGAGUACCCUGCUCCGCCUGCCCCCCCAGCUAUGGGGGCUCCUGCAGCAACAACAUGUGCUUUCCCGCUCUCAAGACAAACUACCUGCACUGGUUCAAAUAAACACAGGUUUCCUCUCGACAUAAGCUGACGACAUACAGUACCACAGAGACAUCAUAUUAAUCCCGUAAGGAUGUGCACAAAAGUCUUGGACCACACUAUUUUGUAUAUAUGGGCUUAUUUAAAGACACAAACAUACAUUUGAAGGCAGCAGACGAUUUUGAUGACUUGUACAUAAACUGUAAAUGAAUGUUUUACAUAGUUAUUUUCUAAUUGUAUGAAAUAUAAUUUAUGUGUAGAAUGGGUCCUUAAACACAGACUAUACUAUAAGGUGCUGCUGCAUAUUUCACUGUUUGUUUACCAUUGAUAAUGUGGUAAUUAUGGACAUAACAAGAUCAUAGCUGCUCAUACCUGCUCACUUUGGUGCUAUGGGCAUCACACCUUCAUGUUGUGUGCUCUGCCUUCACAGGAAUGUUGUGAUAUGAAGAUCAAAGCUUUUGACCUCAGAGGGUAAAACCUACACUGUCAGUGUCAACUUUGUAGCUGCUGUCGGUACAACAAACGUCAUACUCGACUCUAUUGCAAUUUCCAUUUUUGUCCUGCAACAAAUUGUUGCAGAAAAGUGCACUUACUGUUAACUUAAAGUAUAUGACAAAAGGAAUAUGCACCAGUCAGAUUAGGAGGUCUUUAUUUGAAGGUGUUGGCAUAGAUGAUGCUUCUAUUUGUCCGAACAGUUUACAUCUGUGCAGAUUGGUUUUGUUACAUUACAAAUAUUUCACAGGUUUCAUACAUUAUUAUUCAUACAAUAAUAUUCAUGGGAAAAUAUUUAAUUGAUGUCAAUUUUGUAUUGUUUGUAAAAGGAUUGUAAAUAUGUCUGAAAAAAGUACUGAAUAUGGUUCAUUUGCAUAUCAGCGUUCAUAAUGUUGAAGGAAAUUUGCUAAAAUUAGUAACUUAGUACAUUUCUAUGAACUAAGCACUAGCGUUGUAUUGAUCAGAGAAUGCCUCAACACUUUUAACUUUGGCAAAUUAAUCAGAAUCCCUUUUUUAAUCGGUAUAGUUUCUGAGAAGGACACGAUCUAUACUUAAGUGGGAGAUAAUGCGUAACCAAAUGGGAACAUUUACCGCACUGAUUGUAUUUAAAUCAAUAACAAGCUAUUUAUGCAAUGAACUGAGCGCUUCCUGUUACUUGUAUUUGUAAUAAAAUUGUGUAUUUUAA